AUGAAGAGUUCCGGCUUGUGUCCCACUCUUGACCGUGUCCUCUUCUUUGACAUGGACCCAGCAGCUGCACGUCCCCAUGGCUUUGCAGGGAGGACCCCUCCCUGUAGUCCUGUUCGGCCGCCUCCUCCUUUGAUGUCUUCGGAGAGGUUCCUUUCCGGUUAUGGCCAAGAGGAGCCAUGUGUUUUCCGGGGUCCUGCAGAGAAGAGGGCACAAGAUCAUGGAGAUCCAGAACGGUCGGCUGGUUCCCUGAUUGGUGCAAUAGGUAUUACUCCUAAUGCUGGUAUUCUGUUGAAUGCUUCCAGCUUUUAUGGCGAUCUUGUUAGCGAUAGCUGCAAGAAUGAGGUGGUGAAAAAGGAGGACCGUGGAGGAGAGAAGCAGGUGCGAAGCAGCUCAUGGUCCUCGACUAAUGGUGAUGCUACUGCUGCAUAUGUCGUCAAAGGACAGUGGACAGCGGAGGAAGAUAGUCAGUUAGUUCGAUUGGUGAAGCAACAUGGCGUCAGGAAAUGGUCUUACAUUUCUAGGAACAUGUUCGGUAGGAUCGGGAAGCAGUGCAGAGAAAGAUGGCAUAAUCAUCUGCGCCCGGACAUCAAGAAGGCUAUGUGGACGGAGGAAGAGGAGAGGCAACUAAUAGAAGCUCACAUGAAGUUCGGAAACAGAUGGGCCGAGAUCGCAAGACAUAUGUCAGGCAGAUCUGAGAACUCCAUUAAGAACCACUGGAAUGCCACCAAAAGGAAGAUGAACGCCAAGACGAGCCGCAGAGGAAACCCAGACAACGGCGGAAGAUGCCCUCCCUCCGUUCUGCGAGAGUACAUCCAGAGCAAGAAUACCCUCGACUUCAACAAAACAUGCAGCACCAAGACAACACCAUCAUCCACAUCAACUCAAGAUUCCACCGGCAGCAUGGAAGAACGUCUCCUACACACGCGGUCAGCGGGAGGACUCCAGAGAGGGGAAACCCAUGGUUCUUUCAUGCAUGGCUCGGCACUCAAUCGUCUGGCCUUCGAUGCGUGUCACUGCAUGCCAACGCCUUGCAUUGGCGGAGGUUGCUAUCAACCAACUGCACACAGCUGCAGCAACAAGUUCAGUGAGUCCAGUCGCAGCACUCAUCUACAUUCCCGGAAUUACGCGUCCGCUUCAACGACUGAUGUGAUUGGAAUGGAUAACACUUGGGAGCUUCUGAAAGCUCGAGCUUCUUCGACGAGUAGAAACAGAGACUUGGAUCUGGUAGAGAUGUUAUCCCUGCAGUUCUCUUCCUCCUCUCAGAGUAGCAGCAGCCACAGUGCGUUACACGUUGCUAAUUCCAAGUGCUUUUGA